GAUAGUCCACCCCAGAAAUUUCUUUAGCUGACGAUAUAGACCUAAUAAUACCAUGAAGAAUGAUACAAGUCUCAUUAAAAUCCAUGAUCAAAUAACGAAGAUAUAUCGACUUUUGUAUCGAAAAUCAGCCGCCCCCCCCCAAUGAAAUAGCGUUACAUGGGCAUGAAACGAUCGCCAAAAAAUAACCGAUAGUAUCGAAAUUGUGACGUAUGUUGCGAGCUGCCUUCUUAUUUCGCAGACAUUCACUUUCGCUCGCGGUACACUGUUAUCGCACUGACACGACGAAUCAUGGUCUUUUGCCAAGCAAUAGGUUGCUAUAAUGACUCCUCUAGGACAAAGGGUAAAAGUUUUUACUCAAUACCGGACCCCGUGAAAGAACGGGAAAGGUGUGCAAAAUGGAUUGCUGCGCUGAAAUCGGCGAAAUUCAACUUGAACAAUUACCAAUAUAAUAGAAAUCAUGUCGUUUGUAGCGACCACUUUGAACCACGGUGCUUCGAGCAUGAUCUGAAAGCGGAGCUAUGCGGUACAAGACCUCGAAAAAUCCUCAAAGAUGAUGCUAUUCCUACCAUUUUCAUACAUCGAGGACCGGUUAAGAUGCGCACAUCAAGUGAAAGAAGGAUUUCUGGAAGACGUACUAAACAGUUUGUAGACAAUUUACUACAGCCAUCAACAUCAGGUGAAUCAGCAUCAUCGCCUAUGAAAGAUGGAAAUAAGAACGUGGACUCUGCUUCGAACUCUUCUAUUCCAUCACCAACGAUGCCGUCUCUGUUAUCUCGCAGAUUGAAAUCCCGAGAUAUGCCAUGCAGUAGAACUACUCCAAUGGCAGAAGCAAUUCCAAACAGCAAAGUUCAAGAGACCUCAUCUUUGAUACCGGGGCCUGGGAAAGAUGGAGCUCGUCAAUCCUUUCAAAAUACUUUGGAUAUACUUUAUCCAGUCCAAUCAAGUCAUGAUACCCUAGAACCUCAUCAGCCUGUUACCCUGAACAAGAUCUUGCUCUCACUGAAGCAAACAAGGACAAGAAAUGCAUCUGAAGAGAAUGACCAACCUGCUUCUCGAAAUAAGCACGUCAGAUUUGAUGGACAGCUGCAAGACCACAACUACUUCAAGUCGUCCAAAGAUGACCACCCUCCUCUCCAUGAAAGUCCGCUUCCAUCCCCAGAGCAUCCAGGAAUGCCUGAAGAUGUUAUUCUGAAUGACAUCCCACUACCCACAUCAUCUUUGUCUUCUCCAAAUCCACCAGCUUCAUCUUCAUCUUCUCCAAAUCCAUCAGCUUCAUCUCCAUCUUCUCCAGAGCCACCAUCAAUGCCAUCAUCUCCAUCGGCAUCACAGUCAUUCUCCUCAAGAUCUACUGAAAUUACAUCUUCUGAAACUACAAGUGAUCCCUCCUACACCCUGUCAUCUGAAUCGAGUUCAGAAAGCGAUGACGAUAAGGUACAUAGGUAUUGCAGUGAUCCAAAAUACAUGGUUUUUGAUUCUGAAUUAGAGAAGCUACUGUAUGCUCUCCAUUGCAAUAAAUGUUGUGGGGGACAUAUUACAGAGUUGAGGAAAAAUGUGGUGGGCACCCUCCUAGCAGUAUCUGCUGUCUGUGUCUGUGGCAAUACUGUGACCCGUUGGGAGUCACAGCCCAGGAUUGGGCAAAUGCCAGUCGGCAAUAUUCUGUGUACGUCAAGUGCGUUUUUCAGUGGGGGGACCCAAGGCAGUAUAGAUUUUUUCCUGUCGCUGCUCAAUCUACAAAAUUUGAGUAAAACAAAAUUUUAUGAGAAUCAAAAAAGGCUUGUGCUUUCAGCAGUAAACACCGCGUAUGACAAAAAUAUUGAGCAAGUUAGAAGAGAAUUAUGUGGAGAUCGUGGGAUGGUCAUUUGUGGGGAUGGGAGAUGUGAUUCCCCUGGCUACAAUGCCAAAUAUUGCUCAUACACGUUCAUGCACAUGGCAACUAGCAAAAUCAUUGUCAUGUCCCUUGUGCAGGUGACAGAGGCCACUAGCUCAGUAGCAAUGGAAAAACUUGGGUUUAAGCGGGCUUUGGAUGAGCUUCUGCAAGCGGGUUGCAGUGUUGCCACAGUGGCCACAGACAGGCAUACAGGUAUUAGAAAACUAGUCCGAGAAGAAUAUGCCCGCAUUGACCACCAAUUUGACAUCUGGCAUAUGACCAAAUCGGUGGUCAAGAAGCUGACUGCCAAGAGCAAGCAGAAAGAGAAUGAAGGGUUGGGCCCUUGGAUAAGGGCAGUAACUAACCAUUUGUGGUGGGCUGCCACAAAUUGCAAGGGUGAUGAGGAAUUGCUAGUAGAAAUGUGGCAGUCAAUUACCCACCAUGUGUGUAAUGUGCACACAUGGAACUCAGGGGAUAAGUACCAUGAGUGCGCUCAUGCCCCCAUCGAUCUAACAAAAGAGAGAAAAAUCAAGUGGUUGACCCCAGAUUCCCUUGCUCACGUAGCACUCCAAGAGGUUCUUUUUGACAAAAAUCUUGUGAAGGACAUUAAACGCCUCACAAAAGCUUGUAGGACUGGGGAGUUAGAGUCUUUCCAUAGCAUGCUCUUGAAGUACGCUCCAAAGAGACAAGAGUUUGACUAUCCUGUGAUGCUAGCCCGGCUACAGUUGGCCGUGCUAGAUCAUAACAAUAACGUAGGACGGGAUUAUGCCAUGGUAAAAAAGCCACAACCAGGGGCCGACAACAAAGGUGAACCACAGGUUUUCCACAGUUACUCAAAGAGAUCGAAGGUUUGGACGACUAAAGACAAAAAGGUGAAAAAGAAGUAUGAUUAUGUGGAAGACAUGCAAGUUCAUCUUCUGCAGAUGCAAAGUGGCAUGGUAGAAACUGAAGAAGUACCUCUUCCAAACAUGCCCCAGAACAUUGCACCAAUUCCUAGGCCUCCAGUAGAAGAGCUCAUGGCUAAGCGAUUUAGACGCUUUAAGCCAUAAAUGUUGUAAGCUCUUCCGUCUUAUUUGAAUGGUAUUUCCACCAUGAAUUUUCCUUUUAAAAGCCACAUUUUCAGUUCCCAUGUUGGGGUUUUUCAUUAUGGAAUAUAUAUCAGAAACCUCUUUAGAGGUAUGUAUUUUUUUUCUUCUUCAGUUACUGCCCUUAUCAAAUGGCGUAAACCAGGGUUCCACAGUACUUUUUUUUCAAAGGGGGUCCAGAUUAACAUACUUAGGGUCUGUGUGCAUGGAGCCCAUGCUUAAUUUUCUACAUUUUGGGGGCCCAUGUGUACCGGGUGCAUGUUAGUGUCGAGCCUUGCCUUAACCUUUGCUCUCUUUUUGCUUACAUGUAGUUCUAGAAGGUAUAAUGAGAUAAUACUCAUAUUAUUAUAUAUAUUUUUAUGAAUAUUGUAUAGAACUUUAUAGUGUUAUACUUUUGACUGAUUCUUCUUUUUUUUAUCAUUUGAAGAACUACGGUUCAAAGUCAGUUAUAUCUUACUGUUAUUACAUAUUAUGGUUUAAGAGUGGUAUCAGUUUGUUGGAAAUUAAUUUAUAUCAUGACUAUAUAGUAACACAGAAAUUUGUCAAAAGUAGCAUGCUACAAUUAUGUAUACUUGGGUCCCAACACUUAAUUGCACAUGGACAAAGAUCAGUGGCAAUAGUCUUAGUUACAUAAUGUAUAAAGUAGUAGUGGUGUGUAAGGUCAACUUAGCAUAAAAUACUGAUAAAUUUCAAGGUUUUUAAUGUUUCAAAAUGAAAUAUUAUUGGAUCAGAACUUUUAGAGGUAUUUUUAAUAUAUUCUUAUUACUCUUUACAGUACGAGUGAAAUCAUCCUGAAAUACAAAUUGUCUUUUUAAUUUUUCAAUUUUUGUUUUUAUUAAGCAACGAUUAAAAGGCAUAUUGGCACUAAAUCAUUAUAUAAAUGAUAUUUCUUCAUCCUCUAUUUAUAACUAUAUUUUAGUUACUACCGUUCAAAAAUUGAGAUAAAGCAACAGUAUAGAAAUUCUCUGAUAUUCAGAUAAUUCAGAUAACAAGUAUCACAAGUAUUCACAGGCUCAAUAUUUCUAAUGUGAAAAAAACAACACUUUACCUAUGUAUUUAAUGUAUACAUGUACCAAUAAUCUACAAUGUCAAUGUAUGCUGAUAUUUUGGCCAUUUAAAACUCAUUAAAGAAAAAAAAGAGUA